UGGGCGCGGCGGGGGCGGAGACGCGGAAGGGUCUGCGGCGCGGCGCGAGGACCGGGCCGGCGGGACCCUGGGCGGCUGUGGCGGCGGCGGCAUCGGCAGCGAUGCUGGAGACCCUUCGCGAGCGGCUGCUGAGCGUGCAGCAGGAUUUCGCCUCCGGGCUGAAGACUUUAAGUGACAAGUCAAAAGAAGCUAAAAAUAAACCAAGGACAGUUCCACAUUUGCCAAAGUACUCUGCUGGGCUGGAAUUACUUAGCAGGUAUGAAGAUACAUGGGCUGCACUUCACAGAAGAGCCAAGGAAUGUGCAAGUGCUGGAGAGCUGGUGGACAGCGAGGUGGUUAUGCUGUCAGUGCACUGGGAGAAAAGGAAGACAAGCCUCACAGAGUUGCAGGAGCAGCUUCAGCAGCUCCCAGGUUUAGUAGCAGAUUUGGAAUCUGUGACAGCAAAUCUGACUCAGUUAAGGGCUAGCUUUGAAGAGGUCGAAAUCCACCUGCUGAAUCUGGAGGAUUUAUGUGGACAGUGUGAAUUAGAAAGGUGCAAACAUAUGCAGUCCCAACAACUGGAAAAUUACAAGAAAAACAAGAGGUGAGUUUGAAAAAUUGGCCAGC